GAGGGGAGGGGAGGGGAUUUAGCGCCAGCAGCGUCUUUUUGCGUCCAACAAAACAAGCUCAUUACCGUCCUCUGCGCGCCUGGAAACGGAUUUACGCACCGAGCAGAAGGAGGAGUUUGGAGGACGUCUAGGAUGCUGAGUACUUUUCCUCCUUGUCAGUGCUCUCCACCCUGCUCUCCAUGACCUGAGAGCCCCCCCACAGCAGGAGGAACCAAGCACCCCAAAGGAAGAGGAAGACGUAGGACGAAGGUCAAGGCAGGAAGUUCAGCUGGUAUCACUGCGUUCCCUUUCUCAGAUGGCGGCGACUGAGGCCAGUGCGGCGCCGGUGGUCCAGGAAGAUGGAAAAAGCCCAGAAACCAAGCCGGCCGAAGCGGAACCGCCGGCCCAAACCGAGACGGUCAACAGCGAGGUGCUGGAGAAGGACGGCGCCGCCGUCAACAGCGAGGAGAACACAGAGACUGUGAACAACGACACGUCUGCAGCGCCGGCAGAGGAGGCGGCCGGCGAGGAGGACGGAGCGGCGGCAGGCGGGGAGGCAGCACCUCCUCAGAGCUCAGAAAACGCCUCCGCCGAGCCCAAGACCUCCUUUCUGGACUCCUUCCUAAACAAGAGCGGCCUGGGGAAGGUGAUGGCGGGGAGGAAGAAGAAGGAGCACGGCCCGGCCGCAGCAGGAGGAGAGGAGGCCGCCGCGGAGGGAGGCGAGAAGGAGGGAGACAAGGGAGGUGACGAAGAAGCCGAGGCAGGAGCAGGAGCAGAGGGGGGCGCGGAAGGAGAGGCGGCGGCAGACAAGCCUGCAGAGAACGGGGAGAAGGAGGAGGAGAAGAGGGGCAGAAGCGCAGAGACGAAGCACACGGUCCGCGACCUGAUCCGCAAACCCGUGGCGAGGAUCUUCUCCCACCGCAGCACCGAGAAGAAAGACGGCGCCGCCACAGAACCCGAGAAACAGGUCAAGGUCCGGUCCAGGUCCCUGGACCGCCUGGAAGAUCCCGAAGCACUUAACACCACCGCAGACUCCGCCGCGGAGGAGGGAGGAGCAGCAGGAGGAGCCGAGGGGGAGCAGAAGGCCUCGUCCUCCUCGGCUACCAAGCACAUGAGGCGCUGGCACUCCUUCAAGAAGCUCAUGGCUCAGAAAACACACAAAAAGAGCGGCGGCGGGGAUGACUGGAAGGAGGAUGGAGCCGAGGGAGAAGGAGGCGGCGGAGACUCCUCCACGCUGGACUCCAAGGAGUCCGGCCACAAGAGGUGGAAGCUGAAACGCUCCUGGACCUUCCAGGGUCUGAAGAGGGAUUCGUCCGUGGUCGGCAUCAGCAGCAAGGCCAAGAGCGCCGACAAAGAGUCUGGAGAGAAAACGGAGGAGGGAACAGGAGGAGGAGGAGACGAGGAAGAGGAGGCCAAGGCUGAGGCAGGAGCUGAGGAGUCCAAAACGGAGGGAGGGGAGGAGAAGGCUGAGGGAGGCGAUGAGGAGAAGGCGGCGGCAGGAGGCACAACGGUGACCCAGCAUGCCAACGAGAUCUGGACCUCCUUCAAGAAGCGGGUCAUCCCCAAGAGCAAGCGGGCCAACACAGAGUGCGCCCCCGCAGGCGAGGAGGACGCCACUGCAGCGGCAGCAUCAGGUGAGGAAGCAGCCGCAGAGGAAGGCAAAGACUCCAAAUCCGCCAAGGCCAAACGUUCCCACUUCGGCCGCGCGGUUUCCCUGAAGAACUUCAUCAUGAGGAAGGGCAAAUCCAGCAGCGUGGACCAGGGCGAGGGCGCCAAGGAGGAGGAGGAGGAGGAGGCUGCAGAGGGAGGCGACGCAGAGGGGGAAGGCCACGCUGAUGGUGAGGCCGCCGCAGAGACCCAGGAGUCCAACGACCAGGAGGCAGCCGCCGAGGAGAAGACGGCAGCGGAGGAGAGCGGGGCUGAGGCGGCGAAGGAGCUCGAGGAGACACCGGCCGAGGCGCCGGAGACCAACGGCGAGACGGGCUGCUCCAAUGGCGUGGCGGAGGAGAACGCCACGGAGAACCACCAGGAGGAGGAGCAAACGAUGGACAGCAGCCCUGUGAAGAAGAGCAAGGAAGUGGGAGGAGUGAAAGACGACGCCAACGCCAAGAUCAUCAACGCCACAGCGGCUGUGAACAGCGACAAAAAGGCGGGAAACGUGUGAGGCCAAACAAAGAGGAUUAAAACUGCCCGGGAUUCGCUGAGCAAGGAGCUCUGAGCCCAACCCCCAACUCCUCUUCCUCCUCUCUCCCUUCAUCCCUCCUCCUUCCUCCCGAAUAAUCGGAAUAAUCACAUUUAAACAGAUCACCACGGUGAGAAAGAGACAGUCGGAGCGAAUGAGAGGGAUGCAAUUCAUGUAGAUGAGAAGUAAAAAUAAAUACUUACUCAGAAAGCAAUAAUUCACCCCCAUCCUACCCCCCCCCCAUCCAAUCAUCCCUUCAUCCGCCCAUCUCCUUCCUUCCGAUUCAUGCAGACAAAACAUGUGCAUCCAGUGUUUUUUUAAGUUUUUCUUUGCUUGUCUGUGAGAUUUUAUAUUGUCUAUGAGAGAAAAGAAAAUGCAGAAAUGUAAAAAAUGCAAAUUGAGACAUUCCUCCCCUUUAGCUUCCCCCUCAUCUCCUGUCGAGCUACUUAACCUCUGCUCACCGUCGACGUCUGAUUGGUGGGUUUAAAUGUAAAGGAAAAAAACACAAAAGAAGAAGAAAAAAGACUUAGUUUUAUAUUGACGGCCAUUUUGUUAGUAGUCCCCCCCCCCCUCAGCCCGUCUUCCCGUCCGUCCCAGUAGAUAUUUGCCAGCAGGACCAUGUGCCCCAGGACUGCCACCCCCACCAACACUGCAACGUCUUCAGCUCUGUGUGUUUCAUGUUUUUAGACUGUUAUAUUGUGUACGAGGAAUAAAAAAGAAAAGAAAAACAGCAGCGAUUACUAAAGUCAAGAUGUUUCUUUUUCCUGUUUUGGUUUUUGAUUAUCUUUGUUUUUUAAAAACCAUCUUCUCACUGUUACUGCAGUCUGACAAUAUGCUGUAAUUAUUAAAAAGAAACAAUAAUAACAUUAAUCAUAUUAAUGAUAAUGAUGAUGAUGUUUUGUUGGUCCAAGUUUUCACAUGUCUGCUAGCAAAUUGUCAAGAAAAGAUAGAACAAUAAAGACUAAAAUCUAACAACUAAA